ACCCGAUGGACCCCGGCGGGGCCGCCAUUUUGGAGUCUUCCCAAAGGAACUUGUGUUGGCUAUUCGCGCCCCGGCCGCCGCUGCCUGCCGUCUCUCUGGGCAGAAUGAAUGUGAUAGACCACGUGCGGGACAUGGCGGCCGCGGGGCUGCACUCCAACGUGCGGCUGCUCAGCAGCUUGUUACUUACCAUGAGUAAUAACAACCCUGAGCUGUUCUCCCCAUCUCAGAAGUACCAGCUUUUGGUGUAUCAUGCAGAUUCUCUCUUUCAUGAUAAGGAAUAUCGGAAUGCCGUGAGUAAAUAUUCCAUGGCUUUACAGCAGAAGAAAGCUCUAAGUAAAACUUCAAAAGUGAGACCUUCUACUGGAAAUUCUGCCUCGACUCCGCAAAGUCAGUGUCUUCCAUCUGAAAUUGAAGUAAAAUACAAAAUGGCUGAAUGUUAUACAAUGCUAAAACAAGAUAAAGAUGCGAUUGCUAUACUUGAUGGGAUCCCUUCAAGGCAAAGAACUCCUAAAAUAAAUAUGAUGCUGGCAAAUCUGUACAAGAAGGCUGGUCAGGAGCGCCCAUCAGUCACCAGCUAUAAGGAAGUGUUGAGGCAGUGCCCGUUAGCUCUUGAUGCUAUUCUCGGUUUGCUGUCCCUUUCUGUUAAAGGUGCAGAGGUGGCAUCAAUGACAAUGAAUGUGAUCCAGACUGUGCCUAACUUGGAUUGGCUCUCUGUGUGGAUCAAAGCAUAUGCUUUUGUGCACACUGGUGACAACUCAAGAGCAAUCAAUACCAUCUGUUCACUAGAGAAAAAGUCCUUGUUGCGAGAUAAUGUGGACCUCCUGGGAAGCUUGGCAGAUCUGUACUUCAGAGCUGGAGACAAUAAAAAUUCUGUCCUGAAGUUUGAACAGGCACAGAUGUUGGAUCCUUAUCUGAUAAAAGCCCCUGCCUUUCUAGGAAUGGAUGUGUAUGGCUACCUCCUGGCACGAGAAGGGCGGCUAGAGGACGUGGAGAACCUUGGAUGCCGCCUUUUUAAUAUUUCUGAUCAGCAUGCAGAACCCUGGGUAGUCUCUGGGUGUCAUAGUUUCUAUAGCAAACGAUACUCUCGGGCUCUCUAUUUAGGAGCUAAGGCCAUUCAGCUGAAUAGUAAUAGUGUUCAGGCUUUGCUACUUAAGGGAGCAGCGCUAAGGAACAUGGGCAGAGUUCAAGAAGCAAUAAUCCACUUUCGAGAGGCUAUACGGCUUGCACCUUGUCGCUUAGAUUGUUAUGAAGGUCUCAUUGAAUGUUACUUGGCCUCCAACAGCAUUCGUGAAGCAAUGGUAAUGGCUAACAAUGUUUACAAAACUCUAGGAGCAAAUGCACAGACCCUUACUCUGUUGGCUACUGUUUGUCUGGAAGACCCAGUGACACAAGAGAAAGCUAAAACUUUAUUAGAUAAAGCCUUGACUCAAAGGCCUGAUUACAUUAAAGCUGUGGUGAAAAAAGCUGAACUGCUUAGUAGAGAACAGAAAUAUGAAGAUGGAAUUGCUUUGCUGAGGAAUGCACUAGCUAACCAGAGUGACUGUGUCCUGCAUCGGAUCUUAGGUGAUUUCCUUGUAGCUGUCAAUGAGUAUCAGGAAGCAAUGGACCAGUAUAGUAUAGCACUAAGUUUGGACCCCAAUGACCAGAAGUCUCUAGAGGGGAUGCAGAAGAUGGAGAAGGAGGAGAGUCCUACGGAUGCCACUCAGGAGGAGGAUGUGGACGACAUGGAAGGGAGUGGGGAAGAAGGGGACCUGGAGGGCAGCGACAGUGAGGCGGCCCAGUGGGCUGACCAGGAGCAGUGGUUCGGCAUGCAGUGAGGCAGGCGCAGCUCCGUGGCCACACUGGCCUGCCCUGUUCUGAGUACUCCUGUGGACUGAAGGAACCGUAGGAGCCUGCUCACUGGGAGGACAGUGAUUCAGCAUGUGAUUGCAGCAGGGCUUUCUACUCUUUUUAGUAGUGAGUUCAUUUUUUUAAAACUGAGCUUGACCAGCCUUCCAUAUAUCUCCAUCGUCCCCUGCUCCACGCAGACACCCUGGGAGACCUGCAGACACAUUAGUGCUUCUGGGACAGUGUUUUUGCUUUGUGUCUAUAUAUAACUGAUUUCUAAACCUUAAAGCUUGAGGAAUAGACUUGUUUGUUUGUUUGUUUGUGGAUGGAUUUAAAGGAGUGAUCUACCACCCAGAGGGAAAGUGUUGCCUCUCAAGUCGGACAGCAGUACAGGCCAGCCAUUUCAGAGAAGGCUUCCUGUUUUUAGGAACCUUGUCCGGGCCUGUUCAAACUUCCCAUGUAUCUUUGCUUCCUUCUGCACUGUUAGUAAUGCCUUAAGGUGACACUUGCUAUUUUGCAGAAUGAUUUUCCUAAUUGCUAAUCUGGUAACUUGCCUUUGAGCCUGAGCUGGAUAUGAGAAACAGGUAGAGCAUGAACAGGUGCACUUGGGGGUAAUUAAUAAAACUUGCACAGUGAA